CACAGCUUUGGCAGAGGCGCCAAAUCUCCGAUUAAUCGCUGUGUGGAGAGCUUUUGAUUGGCUGCAGUGCGAAAUCAUCUGUUUUUGACACGUCGAAUGUUGUGCGGAGUUUGGAGAAUUGUGUGAAAAUCUCGGGGAAAGAGCCAUGCUGAAGGCUGUAAUCUUGAUUGGGGGUCCCCAGAAGGGGACCAGGUUUCGACCUCUGUCGCUGGACGUGCCGAAACCCCUGUUCCCCAUCGUGGGCCGCCCGAUUAUCCAGCAUCACAUCGAAGCCUGCAUCUCCAUGAAGGACGUCAAGGAGAUUCUCAUCAUCGGCUACUAUCCCACUGCCCAGAUGUCCCACUUCAUCAAUGACAUGCAGAGUCUGUACGAGAUCAACAUCCGCUACUUGCAGGAGUUCACGGCUCUCGGCACAGCCGGCGGAAUGUAUCAUUUUCGCGACCAGAUUCGGGCGGGGAAUCCCACGGCGUUCUUCGUGCUGAACGGGGAUGUGUGCGCAGAUUUCCCCCUGCAGGAGCUCUAUGACUUCCACAAGAGCCGCGGGGCGGACGCCCUCAUCAGCAUCAUGAGCACAGAGGCCACGAAGCAGCAAAGCUUGCACUACGGAUGCCUUGUCCUGGACAAGCAAACGGGCGUGGUUAAUCACUAUGUGGAGAAGCCGAGCUCCUUCAUAUCCUCGUUUAUCAACUGCGGCGUCUACAUCUGCACCACGGACGUCUUUCCCAUGAUGGCCACGAUCUUCCACUCGAAGCAGCAAGACUACGCCGGAGGUUUGAACAACGGCUCGAAUAAGGAUCAGGGACACAUUCAGUGGGAACAGGAAAUCCUGAAUCCUCUCGCCGGCACUGGGAAACUCUUCGCUCUGCCGGUGAACAACUGGUGGUCGCAGAUCAAGACAGCCGGUUCUGCCAUCUACGCCAAUCGCCACUAUCUGGAAUUGUACAGAAACACGAGGCCAGAGCGCCUGGCCAACAGUGAUCUCAAGACCGUCAACGGAAGCGUUUCCUGCACAAUCUACCCGGAUGUCUUCAUCCACCCCAGCGCGUCUGUCCAUCCAGACGCCAUCCUCGGCCCCAAUGUGUCCAUCGGCGCCGGAGUGACGAUCGGAGCUGGCGUGAGAAUCCGGGAGUCAAUCAUCCUGGACAACGCCGUCGUGAACGAUCACACGCUCAUCCUGCACAGCAUCAUUGGACGGGGAUCUGUGGUGGGCGCUUGGGCGAGAGUCGAGGGCACUCCAUCUGAUCCGGAUCCCAACAAACCCUUCGCCAAGAUGGACAAUUUGCCGCUGUUCAACAACGACGGGCGACUGAAUCCCUCAAUAACCAUCCUCGGAUGCUGUGUCACUGUUCCCGCGGAGAUGAUUCUGCUCAAUUCGAUAGUUCUGCCGCACAAGGAGCUCAACAGGAGCUUCAAGAACGAGAUAAUCUUGUAAUGCAGAGUGAAUCAGCCAAAUAAACACUAAUUUUUC